AUGGCGCCGGAUGAAGUGAAACAAGAUGUUUACAAACAGGAGGAUCACCAGGUGGCCUACAUCUUCGAUCCUGACAACAACGAGCCUCGCAAUGAGCGGCCAUCCAAGCGGCGGCGGGUCUCAAAACAGGCUGCGGCAGCCGUGGACUCUAUUGAGAAUGCAUCUAUCUUCACGCCGCUGUUGAAUGGAGCCGAGACUCCUGGAUUCGUGCAGCUGAGAGAGGCCGCUUUUCAUGAGAGCUGGGCCAAGAUUGAUGAUCGCAUCAAGGGUAUCUUGCGAAGCUCCAACCAGGCAACAUUGGACCAAGUGAGCGCAUUUGUGGCCGAGGCUAAGACGGCAUGCUCGGAUCAAGUUCCCUCUGCGUUCGUCAUCACAGGACCCAACAUUGCCUCGCAGGACCUUCUCUUUGAGCAGAUGUCAGAGACCCUCCAGCGCUCCACGCCUAGCAGAUUUGUGAGGCUGCGGUCUUCUGAGGCAUCCACAUUGAAGGCCACCUUGAAGAAGAUUAUCCGAGAUGUCACAGCUAGAGUGUCUGAUGACGAAGAUGACGACUUGGAAGUUGGGGAUGGCCGAGAGGGUCGGCGGUAUCUCAACUACGAUCUUGAGGCAUUGCACGCCUUUAUCAAACCACAGGACUGCGAGCACAUAUUUGUCGCCUUUCAAGACAGCGAGGGUUUUGACAGCAGCCUCCUUUCUGAAUUGACGGUGUUAUUCCAGUACGUCAACACCCAUCAAUCCUCUGAUCAAACCACUAAAUUCUACAGCUCCUGGCGGUCACGGAUUCCCUUCACGCUGCUUUUCGGUAUCGCCACAUCAGUUGAACUACUUCAGGCUCGCUUGCUGAAGUCUGCAUGUCAGCUCAUCUAUGGCGCGCAGUUUGACGUUAUCCAGACAUCUGCGAUUCUGGAAACUGUCUUCAAGACGGCCGUGGCGGCGGCUGAUGCCCCAGUUCACCUAGGACCAUCGCUUCUUCGCAGUAUGCUGGAUCGGCAACAUGACCAAGUUUCCGGUAUCCAAACUUUUGUCAUGUCACUAAAGUACGCCUACAUGUGUCACUUCUACGCAAAUCCCCUUAGCGUAUUCAUUUCUCCUGGUUCCCAACCGUUCGAUGGGCUGCAGUCUGAACAUGUUGAGGCAACUAGGAACACGACUUCGUUCCGUGACCACGUGGAGCGAGCGGUCGAGAAAGGUACUCCGGAAGAUCUUUCUCUCGCCAGGUCGCUCCUUGAGAAUGACGAAGCUUUGGUGGCUGCAAUGAGGCAAAGUGUCGACAACCGAGAGGAAGAUGCUAGCGAAUUUCUCCGUGCAUUGUUGAUUGUUCGAGCAACUGGCGCGCAAGACGAUGAGUUCUCGAGAUCCUACGUUGAUGCAAUGGAGGACGGCAUCACAAUCUCAGAACAAUCGAGUGUUGUGGAUUCUGUGCGACGGAUGGACAUCAUAGAGAUUAAUGUCCUGGUUCGUCGGGUCAUAGCGAUCUUGGAAGAAGGUGACGUCGACCUCGGACUCGGCCCAGCGGUUACUCGUCCUGAACAUGCUGAGGUGCGAGACGGUCUCACGAAGCUUCUUCUUGAGAUUGAAGAUCUCAGUGCAACAGCCAAGGACAAAGAAAUUACCUUGCGGAGUAAAUACAGCGGGCAGGGAAGGGUGAUGCGCACCACAGUUAUCGCGCAAAGGGUUCAACUCAGUCAAGACUCGGCUACCUUGACCGCGGAGGACAAGCAAUUCACUGACAUUGUCGACAAGAUGACGGAGCUGCUGAUCUCAUAUGUUCACGUCUCUAGCCCGAUGUCUGCGUUUCUUUCAGAGAGCUGGGUGUACGACUCGCGAACACCUGCACGGGAUGUUUUCGUGCCCCGGCCGCGGGUUGUUCUCGAACGCAGUCUCACUCGCCCACAUGACUACCUCUCAUGCGCAUGUUGCAAGCCGGGCGAGGAAGGCAUCCAAGCAACUCUCCCCGAAACGGCGCUCCUGUACCAGUUGUAUCUCGAAACCAGCAGCCUCAUCAACGUGGCUGAUUUGUGGUCCGCCUUUGCUACUAGGGUCGUCGGUGACGAGGAGACGGAUGAGCGAAAGGCCCUAGUCAUGUUCUACCGCGCUCUGGCCGAAUUAAGGGCCCUGGGUUUCGUCAAAGCGAGCAAGAAGAAAGCGGAUCACAUUGCCAAGCUCAAGUGGCUUUGA